AUGCCUAUAUUUGGCGGCAUGCUGUCGGCAUUGCCUGUCUAUCUGUGGUGUCAAGCUUCAGCAGCCCUUGGUGGCUUUGUUCGCUGCGUCGACAACGAGGUGAUUUUCUGUGCCUCCUUUGCUUCCGUUGUGUAUCUUGUCCGGCGCAUUCUUGAUCAGGUCGCCCUGGACCUCAUCUCCACGCCAUCUUUAGCAGUUUCUCCUUUUUUGUACGACUGUAACAAAGCCUCCUGCUCGAUAGCAGGUAACAGAGCAUACUAG